AUGGCAGGGGGAAGAAGUUCUAGUAGUGGUGGAAACGAUUUGAAUGAAGUAGUAAGGCAAUUGGAAGCAGUUGCCCAACAAUUGGCAAGAAACUCAACUGGUAAUGGGGAUGCUCAAAGAGAUCUCUUUAAGACGGUGGCACAAAGUAAGCCACCAACAUAUCAAGGCAAGCCUGACCCUAUUAUAUUGGAAAACUGGUUGAGGGAAAUUGAGAAACUAUUUGGAGCUGUAGGAUGCCCUGAAAAUUCAAAAAAAGCUGAGGAAUUCUCAAACCUUAGGAUGGACAGGAUGUCAGUUACAGAAUACUACACCAAGUUUAUUAAAUUGUCCCGUUUUGCUGAAGGGUCUGUCUCUACUGAGAAAGAAAAAGCUAGGAAGUUUGAGAGUGGCUUAACUACUAAUUUGCAGUUAAAGCUGUGUGGGCAGGUAUUUGAGACCCUGGAUGAAGUAUAUGGAAGGGCCGCACACCUUUAUGCUUUGGAAGAAAAGAAGAAGAAAGAGUUAGCUGAAAUAGAAGGGAGAGAGAAGAGGAAGGAAGUGGGGCAAGUUUCUUGA